AUGAAAAGCAUGGAAAAGAAUAGUUAGCUGUUUCCACGAGGAGCUGAUCUUUGGUAAUUGAACUUUCUAGGCAUGACUACUUUUUGUAGAUGCACGUAAGGCACGGCUCCUAGAGGAUCUUUAGGCUCGGAAACUUGGGAAAACGACUCUCUAGGAGCGGCUACUUGACAUCGAGGAUUUCUAGACUCGGCCACAUGGAAUGAGAAUUCGCAAGGCACGACCCCUUGCCAGAGUGAAACUCUAGAUGCGAGUCCGAUACAUUUAGGUUUUUUAGGUUUGGAUACUUGAGAAAUCGGCUCUCUAGGCGCUGAGUCUUGAAAAUUUCAUUUUCUAGGCGCGGCUACUUAACAAUUACAAUUUCUAGGCUUAGCUACUUGACACACAUUUCCGGAAGUCGUCUGGCGGCGAGUCCAAGUCUACCACAAAACGAAAAAAAAACAUUUUUCAGCAAAUGGUCAACGUUUCUAUCGACCAGGUCACGGUGUAUUUGGACACCUGCCCGAUCCGCCGAAAAAGGUUUUCGAAUCGCAAGGUAAACACUACUCCUUCCCCUUUCCUUUCACAAUCAAAAACAAAUGUUUCAGGUGGCCUCACACCGGAAACCGCACAACGGGUACAUUUAAUCAACGCGUUCCGAAGAUACGGUUAUCUUGAGGCUCAAUUAGAUCCAUUAGGCUUGAAACAAGUGGAAAAGUGA